CUGCUAUCAGCUGGUCAUUUGAGAUACUUCCACACAGAGAGAGGUUCAGCUGUCAUCUGGCUGGCGUGAAAAAGCAGGAGAGAAAAAGCCCCUUCUGCAAACAUGGAAACUCAGGUCCUGCGGUGCGCUGGGUGCCAUGCCGGUCCUUAAGAACCCCUGCAAGCUCAAGAUGGCCAACGGCGACACCAGCGGUGGCGGCGGCUCGCUGAUCCUUGAGAAGGAAUGCCACCAGGGAACCAACCCUUUUGAGGAAGACCUUGAGGAGAACGAGAGAGACUCUUUCCUGGGCAGCGACUCCCCCGAGAGCAGGAACCCUUCCCCGGACGGCGGCGGUGGCACCUUCGAGCGGGGCCUUUUCAACGGCAGCCCCGAGGGACGCUACAGGCGGCGGGCGACGCUGGAGAAGCUGGUGGGGCUGUCCCCCUUCCGCAUGGGCAAAGGGAAGAAGAGCGGCGAGAAGAAGUCCCCCGUGGAGAAGGGCUCGGACAGGAGGUCCUUUUUGGGCCGCAUGAUGAUCCCCUUGACGGAGGGCAACCAGGGGACGCCAGAGAAGAGGAAGACGCGGCGCAGCUCCGAAGACUUCAGCCUGCUCCAGCUCCUGAACGGGCGCCGCAAGGAGAGCCUCUACGCUCUCGACUGCGGCCUCUCGGAGAAGGAGAACGGCGGUGGCGGAGACAAGCGCAUGUCCUUCCUCAAGAUCGGGCUGGGAGGGAAAGUGCGCAGGGCUUCGCUGGUGGAGAAGUUCAACCAGACCGAGGCACAGGAUCCGGCCCCUGUCACAGAGGAGGCUGAGGUCAAGGUCAAGGAGCCGCUUUCUGUUCUGGAAAUCCUGAACCUGAUCCACAAAAGGGAUCUCCUGGUGGCCGACGAGCACAUCAUCGAACUGGAGGCUGAGUGUGAGCAGGAUGGGCAGCAGAGCACGGAGGGCAGCGAGGUCCGGAAAUCGGGGAGCCGGAAGGCCAAGGAUGUGGCGCUGCUGUAUGAGGCCUUGCAGAAGGAGCUCUGGGCCGUCCUGGCUGAGUCUCUGGCUGGCAAGAACUCUUGCCCGGCCCUGGAGCUUGUGGUGCGAGUGAUCGAGCAGGAGGAGGACACCGACCGCAAGUGGCUGGCGGCUCAAGGGGACCGGGCAGGCGGUUGCGGACCCCGGCCACGAGCCAUGAAGCAGCAGUGGGCCGAGGCAGUGCGCCAGCUGGUCGGACAGCGGCUGCGCCAGUGCACCGAGGGCAGGGUCCUCCCGGUGGCCACGCAGAUGGACCGCCUGGCCAAGUGCGCCCUGGAGGACCUGUGCACCGUCAAGUUCCACCUCUUGCACGCCUACCCCAAGGAAUACGAGGCCUUCGGGAUCUACCUGUGCAGCUUCCACCAGGGACUCGCCAGGUGCCUGGCUGAGGCGGUCCAGAAGAAGCUGAGCAUCUCAGACCUCUACUUCGUCCUGGAUUGGAGCAGCAACAUCUACCAGAGAGAAGUUCUCGGCCGAGCAGAAAUCUCCUCCCUGGUCAAGACCCAGGAGCUGGGCCCCCUGCUGUCCCCCGAGACCCAACUGAGCCUGGAAGAGGACCUCAUCGCUGCUGUGAAGGCGAAGAUCACCGAGGACAUGAGCCAAGAGCUUCAGAAGGAGGAGGAGAGGUGGGCGCAAGAAGAUGCAGGCGACGGCUUCCAGUUCGGCCUGUCUGGCAAAGUCAUACUGGUGCUAAAGGCUCACGUAGACAAAGCGCCCCAGAUCACAGAAGAUUUUGGAAGGAGGAUGGCACAUUGCUGCCUGAGCUGCUUGGCAGACUUCCUGCAGAGUUUUCAGAGGAAGGUCGAAAGGUUCCACGAGGGGCAAAUAGAGACCCCCCUCACUGCCGACGCCUUAAUGGACCGGACCAUCAUGCUCAUCAACCACUGCCCACCUUUUAGGGAUUACGUGGAGCGCUUGGCGAGGUUCGGCCACCCCGAGAGCGAGGCAGUGAGGUGCCAGGCCAACGCCUCCCUUGACAGAGUGACUCGACUGUGCAACAGGGUCUUGGCCGACCACCUCUUUCAAAACCUCAAGCCCCACUUCCAAAAGCUGAUGAAAAGGAAGUGGCUCAACAACUCAGAGGCCUUCUCCACCAUCAUGGGCACCCUGGAAGAACACGCCCGCAAGCUGAGGAAGAUGAAGCUGGAGCCGUACCAGAUGUUGCUGAAGGAUGUGCACCGCCGGGUGCUCAUCGAGUACGUCCGGCCCCUGAUGCGAGUGCGGUUUGUUUGCACCACCUCCAAGAUGAGGACCAAGAUGGCAAACAAGCUGCGGUGCGAAGCCAAACAGCUGAAGGAGUUCUUCAUUCAGCUGGUGAGGACCAUAGCUGUCAACCGUCCCUUAUUUGGCAGGAAAGUC